GGCAGUCCCACUUUCCCAAAGUAAUAAGACCGCUCUGGACCACUUUGAUCGCUUCUACUCUCAUGCUUACGGCCCCUCAUCUUGGUCUGUCAUGCGUGUCGCACUGCUUGCUCCACCCUUCAAGGUUGCAGUGCUAAAUCGUUAUUGUCCAAAAUUCGAUGUGGUCGCUGCAUCUGGUAUCGGUGCAUUCCAUUUGGAUCUUAUUGAUAUAUUACAAAAAUGUCAACAUGUACCCUAUACAACUCAUGAACUUUCGGCUUCCUCAAACCACCGGAUCCCGACGGAAGACUGCGUAGGCUUGGAAAAAGAUCUACCUGAUCAGCUCGAUCUGUCCCGUCAGUAUUUGACCCGUGCCAGUGGUCCUGUGAGUGAGCUGGCAAGUUUAUCGGAAUUUGUCCCGGUCACCGAGCUGGUCAGCGAAAGCGAAGUUUUCACUCGUGAAUGUGAUGAUGACGUCACCUUCUCAUCUGCAAUUGGGAACACACCUCACCUAUCCAACUGUGGAACCUCGUUCGACGCGGUCGAAGAGGACUGGAAUUUACCCAAGUCUCUUCGAGUCAAGUGCCCUAGAAAAGGCAGGGUUGCAGACUUUAUCAGACCACAAGCUGUGGAUGGACACUUCGACUUUUAUCCGAUGGAUUUGGGAUCAGUCAUCGCUGUUUUGGCUUUAAAUCUGUCUCCGCAGGACACAUUGCUUGAUCUUUGUGCCGCACCUGGGGGCAAAGCAGUGGCGGCUUUGCAGACAUUGCAACUUCGUGAGUUCUUCAUUCUUAUUUUUGUGGGCUUAUGCAGCGUGCUUUUUCAUCAGAGACUAACGUUCAUUUUCAUCAUACAAGUCAAGUAG